CUUGUUCUCCUUGCUAGUGAUUUGUUGGACGCUACAAGUUGUUGAAUACUCGUAAGAUAUUCAACUUUGGUGGUUAAUCGACUUGGCAUAUCGGAAUCGACGCAAUCUACAGCAUGAGCAAUCCCCUUGACGCCAAAGACAACCCCUAUGUUCAGUAUUCCUCUGCCUCCGCAUCCCCAAAUGGAAAAUAUAAGAUGUGGGAAGCGUUGGAUCGGUGCGGGAAGACGUUUGAAGAUUGUUCUAGGAUGAUUGAGGCUGUAGCAGAUAGCCUCUGGAAUCACUUGAAACUUGGUUCUAGUGUCACUGAUACGGCAAUGACUAGGCUUCAUCUUGGGACGAAGUUACUUACAAAAGGUGGUAUUAGAAAUUACGGAUCUUCACAAUGGUAUGAUAUUGUCCACUUUGAGCAUAAGCUCUCAUGGGUUUGCUUUGGACUUCCUCAA